CGGGACGACCAUGGACGCUUGACAACCUGCGGGCAGACGCCGGGAGGCCGAGCCAGCGACUCAGAGGACGGAGAGGCGGCGCGGACAGAUCUCUAGGCCAGAGAAUGGCAGGUGAACAGAAACCCUCAAGUAACCUCCUGGAACAGUUUAUCUUACUCGCCAAAGGUACCAGUGGCUCAGCCCUUACUGCCCUCAUAAGCCAAGUCUUGGAGGCUCCUGGAGUGUAUGUCUUUGGAGAACUGCUGGAGCUGGCCAAUGUGCAGGAGCUUGCAGAAGGAGCUAAUGCUGCUUAUUUGCAGCUGCUGAACCUGUUCGCCUAUGGAACAUACCGAGAUUACAUAGCCAACAAGGAGAGCCUGCCAGAACUGAGCACAGCUCAGCAGAACAAGCUGAAGCAUCUCACCAUCGUGAGCUUGGCCUCGAGGAUGAAGUGUAUCCCCUACUCCGUGCUGCUGAAGGACCUGGAGAUGCGGAAUCUCCGGGAACUAGAAGACCUCAUCAUCGAGGCUGUCUACACUGACAUCAUCCAGGGCAAGCUGGACCAGCGAAACCAGCUGCUGGAAGUGGAUUUCUGCAUCGGCCGUGAUAUCCGCAAGAAGGAUAUCAACAACAUCGUCAAGACCUUGCACGAAUGGUGUGAUGGCUGUGAGGCAGUUCUGCUAGGCAUCGAGCAGCAAGUUCUGAGAGCCAACCAGUACAAAGAGAACCACAACCGAACUCAGCAGCAGGUAGAGACAGAGGUUACCAACAUCAAGAAGACACUCAAAGCCACCGCAUCCUCCUCAGCUCAGGAGAUGGAGCAACAGUUGGCUGAACGGGAGUGUCCCCCUCAUGCUGAGCAGAGGCAGCCCACCAAGAAGAUGUCCAAAGUGAAAGGUCUGGUCUCUAGCCGCCACUAGGGCCGGCUAGGGCAGCUGGCACUCACCAGGCCUGGGUCAGGUGGGGAGGGGACACCAAGGGCCUAUUUCCUCCCCUCUCUACCUUCAGUGAGUUCCAGACCUGCCCGUCCCCUCACCAGCGCCUCCCCGUGUUGGUACUGUUCAAGAAACACCAUGACUCCUUUCCCUCACCCACUUCCUCUUUUCCCCCUUUGUUCCUUCAGACUCAGGGGCUCCACUGAUGCCAUCCUGCAGGGUCAGACACUGCCCAGCUUCCCUCGAGGAGGUUCUUGUCUCUGUUCAAGGGCUUGUCUCCCUCUAAGUUUCCCUUUUGCUCCAUGCAGUGGUCAUGUCAUUUUGCCAGGCUGGUCCUAAGCCGGAGGUGGCUUUUCCCGGCCCACAGGGAUGACUGAAGGUGGCCUCUCUCUGAUGAGGAGGGAGGUGGGCCUUCAGCCCCAUGUACCACAGAACCCAUAACGGUGCAGGCCGUCUCUAGCCAGGUAUCAAAUGCUUUGUGUCCCCUCUCCUGCCUUACCCCUUGUUGGCAGCUCCAGUUGAGGCCGUGGAGGGAUGUGUCGCUGGGCUAUGUUUACUAAACCUGCGGGUUUGCAGCCUCUUAAGCCUGGCACCGAUCUCUCAUUAGUUGGGAGCGCUGGGCUGACUAACCUCUGGUAUCUGAGCACAGACAGAGGGUGCGGUGGGUCUGCUGAGUGGCAGAAGUGGUUUCUCCGGCUUGACGUUCUCUGCUGGCCGCUCUUCCUGCUGUCUGUGACUCUGCAGACUUGUUUUCGGUGUGCAGGCCCCAGCUGCACAUGGGGCCGUCUGCCAGCACGCACUCUCCCAAGACCUGUUACCCUCCCAGCUGCACCAGCUGUGGGGACAGUGGUGCUGAGGCCCCACUGUCUGGUGAAGGACCUUUUGCUGCUUCUGUCUCUUUCUUUCCGCCCCUCCUUGGCUGGGGACCCAGAGCCCUCUGAUGAUGGCAUUCUCCUGGCAAGAGAAAAGGACUUGACUAGCCUUUCUGAACUUGAACAGUUUCAGGAUAUAUUUUAAUUUUUUUUUUUUUGUACAGGUUCUGAUUCUAAUACAUUUCAACAUGCGUUUUUUUUCCCC